AGGGAGGAAAAGGAGGGAAGAGAGAGAGAGAGAAAAGAGAAAGAGAGAAAAGGAAAGCAGAAAGGGAAAUAAAGAGAAAGAGAGAGGGACAGAUUCUGAGAGAGAAGAGAGAGAGAGAGAGAGAGAGAGAGAGAGAGAGAGACGAAGAAAAAGAAGAAGAAAUUAAAGGCAAAGAAUCAAGACUUAAAGCAACAAAAUGAAGAAGAAGAA